UGUCCGCACUUCACUUUACUUUUUAUAGCACUUUUUGUUUCUCAUACUCCCUAUUCUUUCUUUCCUUGAAUAUUGGAGGACGCAUCAUUGUAUUGUAUAGGAAGUUUAUAUACAUCUCAAGUUCAAGGCUUUCUGAUUUCUGCAGAAAUCUUAAUUAUUGGAUUUGUAUUUAAAUAGAUAUUUAAACUUUUUUAAGUAAAAGUUUAGAGAAUGGAUGAUGAGUAUGCGAAGCUGAUCAGGAGGAUGAACCCACCUAGAGUUGUAAUUGAUAAUAUCUCUUGUGAGGAUGCCACUGUUAUACAGGUAGGCAGUCUCAACAAGCAUGGAAUUCUGCUGCAAGUUGUUCAAGUACUUACUGAUAUGAAUCUUAUAAUAAGGAAAGCGUACAUAUCGUCAGAUGGUGGAUGGUUUAUGGAUGUGUUUUAUGUGAUUGAUCACAAUGGGAAAAAAAUCAGAGAUAGGGAAACCAUUGAUUAUAUUGAAAAGAGGCUUGAAAGGGAUGUUAGCUUUGCACCCUCAUUGAGAAGCUCUGUUGGGGUGAUGCCUUCAGAAGAUCAUACCUCAAUUGAACUCACUGGUACCGACAGGCCUGGUUUAUUGUCAGAGGUAUGUGCAGUUCUUGCGGAUCUCCAGUGCAACGUGGUAAAUGCUGAGAUAUGGACACACAAUGCUAGAGCCGCAGCUGUUGCUCAUGUCACAGACCGUUCCACAGGGUGUGCAAUUAAAGAUGCAAAACGUCUCUCAACAAUAAAGCAAUUGCUUUGCAAUGUUCUAAAUGCAAACAAUGACUUCAAAAGAGCAAAGACGACACUUUCACCUCCUGGUGUUAUGAAUAGAGAGAGAAGGCUGCAUCAGAUUAUGUUUGAUGAUAGGGACUAUGAAAGGGUUGAGAGAAUGGUAGGGAGAGUAGAGGAUAAGAGCUUAAGACCCCAAGUUACUGUUUUGAAUAUUGAGAAAGAUUACACUGUGAUUACUAUGAGAUCAAAAGAUCGCCCAAAACUAUUGUUCGACAUCGUUUGCACUCUAACAGACAUGCAAUAUGUUGUUUUUCAUGGAAUGGUCAACACAGGGAAGAUGGAAGCUUAUCAAGAAUUCUAUAUUCGACAUGUUGAUGGGCUUCCUAUUAGCUCUGAUGCCGAACGAGAACGUGUUAUACAGUGUCUUGAAGCAGCCAUUGAGAGGCGGGCAUUUGAGGGACUGGAGCUAGAAUUGUGUAUGGAAGAUCGUAUUGGACUCCUUUCGGACAUCACAAGGAUAUUCCGUGAAAAUAGUAUGUGUAUCAAGAGAGCAGAAAUUUCGACAAAAGGUGGGAAGGUGAAAGACACUUUCUAUGUCACAGAUGUGACUGGGAACCCGGUUGAUCCAAAGAUCAUUGAUUCUAUUCGGGGACAAAUUGGACAAACCAAGCUGCAGGUAAAGCAGAACCCAAUUCUUGCACCAAAACCACCUGAGACUACGACAGGAUUUUUUCUGGGGAACUUGUUUAAAGCUCGAUCUUUUCAAAAUUUCAAGUUGAUUAGAUCCUACUCAUAACUUCUUUCUGUAUAGUCUGAGAAGUAAAUGUUGUACAGAAUUAUCAGAUGUCAAAAGUCAGUCAAAAGAAAUACAAAAGGGGAGUAAGAUACGCUGUACAUAUCUUCCUGCCCUCUGGUAUGAGUAUUGAGGGCUAAGGGUAGUGUAGAAAAGAAGCCCAGAUACCACCAAAUACUGUGAAAAUUACUAGGGUGCUUGUAUUUUUUAAUGUAUAUUUGUGAAGGAUAAUGUUACAUGGAUUGUACAAAGCUAAGAAGUUUGUAUAUAUAGUUUAGCUUAAUGAAAAAUUCAUGCGAAUAUUAUUA